AUGACGGAGGUGGAGGAGCUGCGGCCCGUUCCGCGGGAGCAGGCCAUACUGGAGAGUUUCUUCACUCAAGUUGGCAUGUUUUCCUUCGACCGAGCGAAGGACUACGUGGAGAAAGAGAAGGACAUUAGCAAGAGCGCCGGGGCCAUCUGGAGCGCGCUGCUGGCGGCUCUGGCCCACCUGGCCGCGGCCGAGAAGGUCUACCACAACAUGACAUUCCUGGGCCAAAAGCUAGGCGGGCAGUCUUUCUUCAGCCGCAAAGACUCCAUCCGCACCGUCUACACCUCCCUGUACAACGAGCUCCGGAAGGUGGUGACCAUGGGGCGCCACGGCCAGCCGGGCUCCGCCUCCUCGCACCUGGAGGACCUGCUGUCUCACCUGUCGGAGCAGCUGUGCCACUUCACGCAGGCCCGCAUGGAAAUGGCCGACCUGUACGAGAAGCUGCACUCCCUGGGGAGCCAGAAGAGCAUCAACUCGGAGGAGCUGGUGGCCACGCUGGAGGCCGUGCUGCAGAAAUACAGCUCCAAGUUCCACCACCCCAUCCUGGGCCGGGUGGAGGAGGGCUUCCAGACGGAGGUGGACGUGGUGACCCAGCUGCUGCGCUGCCAGGCCCAGGUGUCCGAGUGGCACUUCCUGCCCGCCCUGCUCAGCCUGCACGGCGCCCACUCCAAGCUGACCGUGUGGGGCCAGCUCUUCCAGCGGCAGAGGGAGACGCGCAAGAACCUGUUCGGGGGCCAGUCCCAGAAGGCGGUGCAGCCGCCGCACCUGUACGCCUGGCUGCAGCGCUUCCAGGCCGCGCUGCUGGCCAAGUUCAGCUUCUACUUCCACGAGGCGCUGAGCCGGCAGACGGCGCCGGCCGACAUGCGGGCGCUGACCGCCCGCACGGCGCCGGACUACCACGGGAAGAUCUGCGCCUUCAUCCGCAAGCACGACGCCAGCAACGUGUCGCUGGUGUUCGACAACCGCGGCUCGGAGAGCUUCCAGGGCCACGGCUACCACCACCCGCAGUCCUACCGGGAGGCGCCCAAGGGCGUGGAGCAGUUCCCCGCCGUGGUGUCGCUGCCGUCCGGCGAGCGGCCGCUCACCCACUGGCCCAACGUCAUCAUGAUGAUGGGCGACCGCGCCGCCGAGCUCAACACGCUGGACAAGGUGGUGCACUUCUACGACGACAAGGUCCAGAGCACCUACUACCUGACGCGGCCCGAGCCCCACUUCACCCUGGUGGUCAUCUUCGACGGCCGCAAGUCCGAGAAGGACCAGGCCAUCGCCGCCUUCCUGCAGGAGAUCGCCGUCUCCCUCCGGAACUCCAAGCCCUUCAGCAUCCUCAAACCGGGGUCAAAGGGCUGA